CAUAUUUUAUCGUCAGCAACGUGUACGGAGUCACAGCCGUCAAAAAUGCCGGGAUAAUCCAUAUGCUUGUUUCGGGUCGUGUUCCAACCCUAGAAUCGCCACAGAAUGGAGGAACACAAUUAUGUAGAGACGUUAAAAUUUAUCAUGGUCUGUUUAAUGUGGUAUAUCUGCAGUGCUGGUGGAAACAUCAUCGGAAAACUUGUGCUGAAUGAGUUCCCGUACCCUGUGACGGUAACGAUGACGCAACUCAUCUCCAUCUCUGUUUACAUGGAACCGAUUUUCUGGUUUCUACAGACUCCAAACACUGGGAACAUUCCUCGGAGUUACUACUAUAAACUCAUCUUGCCUUUGGCGUUUGGCAAAUUCUUCUCCUCCGUUUCCUCACAUAUCAGCAUAUGGAAAUCCUCUGUCUCCUAUGCCCACACAGUAAAAGCUACCUUGCCAUUGUUCACAGUUGUACUGUCAAGAGUUCUAUUAGGAGAAACUCAAACUCUCCCAGUAUACCUGUCCAUAGUGCCUAUCAUUGUUGGUGUCAUUGUGGCUACACUUACAGAAGUCUCUUUUGAGGCCCUAGCAUUGCUCAGUGCUCUAGUUGCCACCCUAGGUUUCUCAUUACAGUCCAUAUUUUCCAAAAAGUGCCUCAAGGACACAGGUAUAAACCACCUGCGCCUUCUCGUUCUUCUGAGUCGUAUCGCCACGAUUUUCUUCCUCCCAUUCUGGCUCCUGUUUGACUGCAGGAACAUCGCCAACAGUGAUGUGUUUGAGAAUACAGAUGUGACGAAGUCUUUGCUCUUGCUGAUUUUAGACGGCUUGUUUUACAUGCUUCACAAUGUAUUUGCGUUUACUGUGAUUGCCAUGGUGGCCCCCCUUAGCUACUCAGUGGCGAAUGCCAUGAAGAGGGUCGUAAUCAUCAGUGCCUCCUUAUUCCUCCUGCGGAAUCCCGUCACCACUGCCAAUGUGGUGGGGAUGCUUGUAGCCUGUUUUGGAGUUUUGUGUUACAAUAAGGCCAAAUUUGACCAGAACAUGGCACGUCGCCGGGCUGAAACGCUGCCCUUAGUGCAUAGUGAAACAAAUCUACAAGCCCAUCUCAACCCCAAAGGGCUUCCCCACUCCAAGACAGAGGUUAAUCUAUUAAACAGAAAUGGCAUGAUUCACCCUGAAGAUCACAUCUUAUUACAGAACAACGUAAGUGUGGAUCAUGUGACCCUCUUCCCUCCCAGCAAUCCCUGGCCUGUCAAUCAAACACAUUCCAGACACACCCCCAGUGAACAAUCACAACUUGUGUCUCGGGGCUCACAUAGGAUAUUUGAAAUUUAACUGUUUUUCAUACUGUUCUUCGCUAAAGAUGUUUUAUUAUCAUUAUGAAAUAUUGAGCUUUAAUGAUUAGAUAUAGAGAGAUUUUUUGACAUAUUUUGUACACUGUGUUCUUUGACAUUUGUUCAUCCCUUUCAUAUCUCUUUG